AUGGGAACCGUCAACACUUCCGAGCGCCUUGCGAAGCUGAGGCAGCUCAUGCAGGAGCACAAGGUGGAUCUAUAUAUCGUUCCGUCCGAAGAUAGUCACCAGUCGGAGUACAUUGCUCCAUGCGAUGGCCGUCGAGAGUUUAUCUCGGGCUUUUCGGGUUCGGCGGGCACAGCCGUCGUGUCCUUGACGAAAGCGGCGCUGGAGACCGAUGGGCGGUACUUUAAUCAAGCGGCAAAGCAGUUGGAUAACAACUGGCUGCUUUUGAAGCGAGGAAUUGAGAAUGUCCCAACCUGGCAGGAAUGGACCACCGAGCAGGCUGAGGGUGGAAAGGUUGUUGGGGUGGACCCGGCUUUGAUCACGGCGGCGGGUGCUCGUAAACUCGCGCAGACACUGAGCAAGAAUGGCUCCACGCUCGUCGGGGUCAAGCAAAAUCUAGUGGAUUUGGCUUGGGGUCAAACACGGCCCACGCGCCCACGUGAGAAGGUCAUGGUACAUCCGGACAAGUACGCUGGCAAGAGCUUCCAGGAGAAGAUUGCCGACCUUCGCAAAGAGCUGCAAUCCAAAAAGAAGGCUGGUUUUAUCAUCUCCAUGUUGGAUGAGAUUGCCUGGCUGUUUAACUUGAGAGGAAACGACAUUCCCUACAAUCCGGUCUUCUUUUCAUAUGCCGUUGUCACGCCUACCACGGCUGAGCUCUAUGUGGAGGACGAGAAGCUGACCCCUGAGGUCAAGGCCCAUCUCGGCCAAGACGUUAUUAUCAAGCCCUAUGAUUCUAUCUUCGCAGAUGCUGAGGCUCUGAGUGAGACUAGAAAGCAAUCCAUAAGCACCGACGCUGACGAUCAACCUAAAUUCCUUCUUUCCAACAGGGCUUCGUGGGCUCUGAGCCUUAGCCUGGGAGGUGAAGAUCAGGUCGAGGAGACUCGCAGUCCUAUUGUCAUUGCCAAGGCGAUCAAGAACGAGGCUGAGCUUGAGGGCAUGCGAGCGUGUCACAUUCGAGAUGGCGCCGCUCUAUCAGAGUACUUUGCCUGGCUGGAGAAUGAGCUCGUCAACAAGAAGGCCGCUCUGGAUGAAGUUGAUGGCGCCGACAAACUGGAGCAGAUCCGGUCCAAGCAUGACCUGUUUGUCGGUCUUUCUUUCGAUACGAUCUCUUCCACUGGCCCCAACGGAGCCGUCAUCCAUUACAAACCCGAAAAGGGAACCUGCGCCAUUAUUGACCCGAACUCCAUCUACCUCUGCGACUCGGGCGCCCAGUAUCUGGACGGCACCACCGAUACCACCCGCACGCACCACUUCGGCGAGCCCACCGCUCUCGAGAAGAAGGCGUUCACCUUGGUGCUCAAGGGAACUAUUGCCAUCGACACGGCCGUGUUCCCCAAGGGAACCAGCGGGUUUGCCAUCGAUGCCCUUGCUCGCCAAUACUUGUGGAAGGAAGGCCUUGACUAUCUUCACGGGACUGGCCACGGAGUCGGUUCGUAUCUGAACGUUCACGAGGGUCCUAUUGGCAUUGGAACUCGUGUCCAGUACACUGAAGUCCCCCUUGCUCCCGGACAUGUGAUUUCGGACGAGCCUGGAUAUUACGAAGACGGCAAAUUCGGUAUCCGUAUCGAGAACAUCAUCGUGGCCCGCGAAGUAGAGACUACGCAUAAGUUUGGCGAUAAGCCCUGGUUGGGCUUCGAACACGUUACCAUGACCCCGAUCGGCCUCAAACUGAUCGAACCCAGUCUCCUUAGCGACGAGGAGAUCAAGUGGAUCAAUGACUACCACGCCGAGAAUGUCUCUACAUCUGCUAUGAGCGGGAGAAACGGCUACGCGAACGGAUACGGAUACUCCGACAACGAGAGACACGACCGCAGCGAAGGCGGCUAUGGACAGUCAAAUAAUUUAGGGGUCAAUGGUUACGGGGGCGGAGGAGGAGGAGGAGGGGGGGGGGGGGGGAGAGAUCGUCGACCGGGCGGAUACGGUGGGUUUUACCCAGAGGAGUCGCAGCAGGCGUCCCAGUCGCCCGAGCGUCGGAGGGACAGGGAGAGAGGGGACCGAGACAGGUCGCAGCCGUCGUCGUCGGCCUCGGCGUCUCGAUCACGGACGAGAGACGUGGAUCCGGCUGCAAGACGGCAGGCCGCACGCGAGGAUCGGGCGAGAGAAGAGGCGAGCUACCUGGCUAGCAGGAGUAGAGAGAGGAGUCGGCCAGGUGGAAGAAGCGAUGACAGGAGAGCGCAAGGGCCGCAGGUGAUUGAAAAUAUCCUGCAGUCGAUUCAGCGCGAUUGGGACUUCGUGGGCUCGGAAGACUCUGUACCGGUACAGGUGGCAUUGAGCCUGAUGGAUACGAGUACACUGGGGAAAGCGGACCGGGAACCGGACUUCUUGGAAAUGCAUGAUCAGAUCCAAAGGACUUUGAAGUCUAUUGUCAACGAGCACCACCAGGGGUUCAACAGCUCCAUUGGAACAUACCACAAGAUCCAAACAAGCAUACAGAGUUCUCAGAGCCGGAUACGGAACCUGCGGCAUUCCCUCGAGCAGACCAAGUCUGGUUUGCUUUCCACGAAGCCUGAGUUGAAGGGAUUGGCGACCUCGUCACAGAAGUACGACGACAUCCUGCAACUUUUCACCCAAAUCCAAGAGAUUCAAUCUCUCCCGGAGAAACUCGACUCUCUCAUCUCCGACAAGCGGUUUCUCGCGGCGAUCGAGGUGCUUCAUGACGCAUUCCGCCUCCUUCGUCGAUCGGAACUUGAGAACAUCGGCGCCCUCACCGACAUCCGUGCGUAUUUCAGCAACCAGGAAACCUCACUUACGGACAUUUUGAUUGAAGAGUUACACGAUCAUCUCUACCUGAAAUCCCCCUAUUGCUCUGACCGGUGGAAGCCCCCAGUAGUCGAGGGCGAGACCAGCGGAGCAGUCACUACUACCGCAGGAAGCGGUCGAGGAGUUUGGGAUAGGCCAGUCUACAGUUUUCUAGCCAAGCUGGAUGCCUCAACCCCGAUGAUGGAGGAUGCUUCACGGAAUCCGGAAGCGGAUACUUUCCAUUAUAUCCGCUUACUCAUUGAGGCCUUGAACAAAAUGGGAAAUCUGGAUAUAGCUGUCGACCGAAUCGAGCAGCGGCUGCCGGUGGAAUUGUUUGCAGUGGUCGACAAGACCAAUGCCGAAGUCUUUGCUCGCUAUCCGGACUUGAUGCGGACGCUCUCCUCUCAGGAAACCAAGUCGAGCUUGCCAACAGAGAUCAUCGAGAAGCGGGGUCACGUCUUGUCCGAAUUUUUGUACCAGCUUUAUGCCAAGUUCGAAGCUAUUGCUGAGGGUCAUCGUGUUGUCCACGAUGUGACCGCCGCAAUCGUUGAGCGUGAAGGCAUUCCCAAGGGAAGCGCCCUCACAGGGGGGUUCAAAGAGUUGUGGAAGCUCUACCAAAGCGAGAUUCGAUCCCUCAUGCACGAUUACCUCGCAACUGAUGGAGAAUCACCUUUCCACCCUCGAGGCGAAGAUGCGGACAGUAAGCGUAAUUUGCAAGCUGGAGCCAGAGAUAAAAAUAAAAAAAUGUUCAAGCUCUCCGAGGUGGAAAAAAACACCGAAAUGAAAGCCGAAAAAGACGAGCUGGAUGAGAUCCUUCAGUCUUCAGUGCCUGGUCUUGUGUCCAAGUCCAGGCAGAAGAAUGCUGCAAGCGAUGCUGUCCAGUCCUCACAAGGAAACUCGGGCACUGGCCACAAGAUCUUGAUCGAGCCCAGUGUCUUUAACAUGAGCCUUCUCCUCCCGCCCUCUCUCUCGUUCAUCCAACACCUGAAGGACAUUGUUCCCGUUGGUUCCGAUAUUGCCAUGAGUACCCUCACCUCUUUUCUGGACGAUUUCUUGGUCAACGUGUUUCUUCCACAACUGGAUGAGACCGUGACGGAUCUCUGUACCUUGAAUUUUAUUGCUCCAGAUGCCUUCACAGAAGACCCGCAAUGGGCCAAGGUUUCUCCCCGGCCAAUAUUCAAGGGCACUGUCAAAUUCAUGUCAAUCAUCCGGGUGUUUAGCAAGAUGCUAGAUAGUAUCCCCCCCGAUCAAGCCUUUACACAGCUUAUCAUAGAUGAAAUAAUAACUUAUUAUGACAAGUGUUACGGUUGGUACAAAGCAAUUGUCACCAAAGUUUCGCCCCGUACUCAAGGAACCGUCCGCUUCAAGGCGGCGGCAGCGCUCGCAGAAUCAGGAGAUGUCCGUGAUACGAUACAGCAACUCUGGAACGGCGCAGGUGAUAGAAAAUUAGAGCUCAUCGACAAGGAAACCGAGCUUCUUCUCAAGACCACAGACCAGGUGCCUUUGGAGCCGUAUGACAUUAUAUCUGAUCCCAAAACAGUCGUCUCAUUGUCACUUCUGUACAACAGCAUGCAAUGGCUGGCAAGCAACCUGGUAAAACUCCGGCACGUUACAACCCCGGGUCCGGACGUUAUCGAAGUGCAACCGCAAUCCAGGUCCGGGCCGUCUCGUCGGUGGACGUUGAUUACUGCCAUGAGGCCCAAGCGGGAUGGCAUCAGCCAGCCUAUCUACCUACCUCUCAACCCCGAGACGGCCAUUGCCUUUGACACGACCGUUCAGUCAUUGCGCAACUUGGCGACAGCUGUAAUUUUCACCCUGCAUAUCGAUAUCCGCUGCGGAGUGAUCCAUAUGUUAACCAAAACCAUGUCUGGACCUAAUCCUCCUACUGUCCGUCGUUCCGAGCCGGCUACUCCUUCGCCUGACCUUAGUAUCAAUUGGUGGCAUAUCAUCAUCAACCAGCCGACUGCCGCAUCGCCCACAGUCCUUGAAUUGAACAACGAUCUGAUUGCGUUUGACACGAACAUCUCAUCCUACCUUGGCCCCGCGGAACAGUGGUUCAUUUCGUCGGGCCUUGCCCGUUUCAUUGACCAAGUCUUUGUGACAUGUACCAAAUACAUCGGGGCCAUGAACUCCAACGGAGCAUUGCGCCUCCAGCUCGAUGUUCUAGUCUUGCAGCAGAACCUGAAGAACAUCGUCAUCGAUCCCACCAGCAAGACCUCAGACAGCCAUUCACACGAAGUGAUUGCCCUUCCCCGCAGCGCCAAAUUCCUGGACUGGUUCCUGGAAGGUGCCGAGAAGGCUCUCGACUACGCGCAGGAAGAGAAAGAGGCCUUUGCCGCCCAUGGGCAAAAGGUACUGGCUGCCGGCAACGGAGAGCCAUUUACUUAUGACGAGCUCAGAGUCCUUGUCGACCUCUGCUAUUCAGAUAUUCUCCAUGGACCCCGAGGCGCGGAGAACCGCGAGGACUUUAUGGCUGCUAGAAAGGCCAGCGCGGACGCCCUCUUGCGACUAAACGAGGUCAUGUGGGAUGCUAAAUAA